AUGUCAGUGAUUACUUCAAUUCUUGCUCCAACAACUUCAGAUGAGAAAUAUAUUGAAACUUUGGUGAAAGAAUUGACUGCUAAUAAUGCUGAUGAAACAUGUGGAAGGAUUUCCGAGGUUUUUAAAAAUAAUAAAGAUGUUCCAAGACAAUUAUUUGUACCCGUCAUUCAAAAGAUAUGUGCUUUUGUCGAACAAAAUAAUAUAGAGCAAGCUACACAUGUUUUAUUAACAUUUAACAGAUUUGAACAUGUAUUUUUCAAAACAUUAGAUCUAGCACCGUUAUUCAAGAUAAUUAGUACAAACAACAACUUAUAUAGCACACCUCUGCUCCCGCCAUUUUGUGGAUUAUGCUUUAAAUGCAUCAAUAACAAUGAAGACUUAUUUAGAUUAACAUCUACACCAAAUAUAAUUGCCGACUUUGUUCCAUAUGCUUCAAAUCCAUUUGUCAUAUCAUUUAUCGUCAAAGUGGCUCAAAUAGAUACAUCUUUACGUGUUCCAUUAGUUUUUAACGGAUUAAUCGAACAAAUAUUACCUACAGUUGCAACAAACGAGACACAUUUAGAAUUACUAUCAUUGCUCAUAUCAAAUGUUCAAACAAGAAAGUAUUUUAUUGAUAUGGGCCAUAUUCCGAGAUUAUUAGAUACUUUAUUCCAAACAAACUUCUCAAACUUAGCCACAAACGCAUUUAUAGCAUUACUAUACCCUAAAGACUUAACAAAUCUCUUCAACGCCCAAGAUUCAGUGUUCAAUGACGGAGCAUUUGAGAGAUUUAUCGAAGUUGCGAAAAAUAUCACAGCAGAUGAUGAAUCCGUUAAAAAUGUUCUUAAAUGUAUCAAUAGUUGUUUAUUUUGCCAUCCUUUAAAGAAUUUUGAUUCAAAUUUGCUUUUAGAUGUAGCUGCAAGAAGACCUUCAACGAGACAUUAUGUUCUAGAUGUAUUAGAAACAAUAUCUAUGUCAAAUGGAAGGUUUUUAUUCCAAGAUGGAGCAGUUAUGGAAAUUGAAGAAUUAUUUAAUGACAAAAUGUUCUUUUUAUUCAUUUCUUACAUCUGUUAUGAAUGCCACAAGUCAUCAAAGUUCGAUAUACUAGGAUUUGUCCCUCAAAACAGGCAAGAAAAAAUAUUAAAAUCUGUAAUUUGCAUACAAAGAAGAUUAUUCUACGAACAAGCAAUAGUAGAAUCCCAGGAUGCAAGUGAUGAACUCUUGAGAAGUUUGUCUUGUGUACUACUCCUUGUUUGCAGAAAAAGUGAUGAAAGAAGAGGAAUUUUAAUUCAAUACUCAGUGUCACUUUUUGGUAAAUAUCAAGGUGAAGUGAGACUUCCUCGGAGUUUUUUGUGCUGGGGAGCACAAGAAUUUUGUCCAUCGAGGAUUGGAUAUUGGAUGAAACGCAUAACUCCUCGUAUAGAAAUGAAAAAUUCGGAAAUUUUCGACUUAUCUCCACAGAAAUCUGCUGAAGAAAUGCGAACUUUGAACUAUGCAGCAAAUGAAGCAAUCUCUGAGAACAAGAGACUCAAGAUCCACGUAAAAGCUUUACUUGACGACAAAGAAGAAUCAGAAAAAGCAUUUGUUAACCUUGAAAAGGAAAUUGUAGCUGCAAAAGUUGUCCAGUUGAAGAAAUUCACCGAAUAA